AAGCUUGAAAAAGCAGAAAUUUCUGCACAAACAGGAGGAGGAGAAACGAGAAAACAUUACUAUGUUAUGAGUACUCAGUUUCUUUUCCAAAUCCAAAUCAGAGGUAAAUAUAAUCCAUUCUUAUUUCUCAUCUAAUUUCUUUAUCGGUUAUUUUUUCUUUUGAAAAAAAUAAAAAUUUUUUGUCUAGUCAAAACGGAAAGUAUUGUUCCACUUUCGAAGACGGUGCAGUCGCCGGUAACCCCAAAACGCGGUGAGUUCGUGAACGACGUUUAUCGUCUCUAUUUCUUCAUGCUUUGUUCAUUAAUUAAUGAUUUUCACAGCUAAUUGAUAUUAUAAUUGUCGAUUCAAUUAGUUAUUAAUUUGUAUAUGAUGGAUCUCAAAUGAGUUUGAAUCUUACCGUGAUGGAUGAAUCUGGUUUUGCACUGUCGCCUAUACAAAUGACAUGAUUCAACGAUUUGUUAUUUUUUUCCUCUGACUUUUAUUUCACCAACUCUCAACAAAGAAGUUGAAGAGGUGCAAUUUGGAAUACAGCUUAAUUAAGGGAUUAUUCAAUAAGUUCUUUUUAUAUGAAUUCUUUCUGGACCUAUUUGGAAGAACUCAUAAACGGCUUAUAUAAAAUAGCUUACGAGUCUCAUAAGUUAUUUUCAACUUAUUUUAAUAAGAUUUUUCGUACUGCUUGUCAGCAUAAAUUGUUCUUAGCUGAUUCCAAUUAACUUUGUUGUUAAACUUAUGACAUAAGGACUUAAGCACUUUUUUCAAACCCAUGUAUAUAAAUCUAUACCUAGAAGCUAUCUCGAUAAACUCUAUACAGCUCUUUCAAAUGCUCCCAUAAAUGAAAAGGAACUGAAGAAGCGCCGUUGAAAGUAUUCUAUUUGAUUAUUCAACUGCUCUGUUUGUCACUCAUUCAAUGCAUGCACUCUGUUUGGCUGUGUUUGAGGUGGUUGGUAAACUGGGUUAGUACUUCCUAGCAAAGUAAUGAGAUGCGUAAAAAGGUAUUCCUCUUAGAGGAUGGGUUACUUGUACUUGAUGACGGGAGAUCUUUCAGGAUUUUCUCUUGGAAAUUAGAAUGUUUUCAUGAUGUUUUAAUUUAGCCACAAUUCUUAAGCAAACUACAUUUUUUUAGGCUGCUUAAUUUCUGAUAGUUGUGCUGUUUAGAUAUUUAUGCCUUUAGUACUUGGAUUAUUUCCAGUGAUCUAUCUGCCAAAGUUGUCACAAGGUCAGUGACUAAUUUAGUCAAUUUAACUUCUAUCAUUAUCUUAAUUCCAAAGAGUAGAAGUUCACUAUCUUUAUGAACAUGUCGUAUUGAUAUCAGUUACUAUAAAGCUAUACAAGACAGAGUGGCAGUUUUGUGGGAUUAUGUUGUCUGAUUGAUUUGUUGAUGGUGCCCUACUCUUCCUCUCCUUGCAUCGCUGAGGUCUUUUUUAUCGUUGUCUGAUAUAUCUUUGUUUACAUUACACGAUCUUACUUUUGUAGCAUUUUAAUAUUCACUAAACUUCAUGAUUCAUAAACAGAAAUUAUUUUGCAUAUUGUCCAUUGCAAUUUUCACCAACCACACCUAGUGGGAUCAAACUUGGUGGUUGUUGUUUAUUGUUAAUUGCAAUUCUAUGCAUGCUUAAAUUUAGGUGAGAAAAAGAAUUGGAGAAACUGGAAAUUUGUUGGUGGAAGAACAGCAUGAUACAGACAUUCACAGUCACAUCUAAUUUAUGACAAGUUUGAAGUAGGGUUGGACUUCUGAGCUUGCUGCUAAAUUACAUAUUAAAUUUGUUUAAAUGACUGCAGUUUGCACCUGAAAAACAACAUUUGGUUAGACUGUUCAUACUACCCUCCCCUUGAGAAUUGGUCAAUUAUAAGCUCUAACCAUGGAUACUGCAAAGAAAGAUGAAGCACAAGAUCAGAAGCAUGAUGAACUUGCUGAAUCACUCAAUGAUCUCUUCAACAGUGUUACCACCAUGAUCAAAUCGGAGCUUCAGGGGACUAACAAUCAUCUAGAGCUGUUGGAGAAGAUGAAUGUGAAGGUGGCUGAAGAAUACAAAGGGUUUGGUGAUUUGGCUUCAGGGUUAAGGGUUUUUGUGCAGCAAUUGAAAUCCAAGAGUGGUAGCUUUAAUGAGUAUGUUGAGCAGAUUGACGCCAUAGAGAAGCAAGUGACUGAAUUUGAAGCUGUAGUCUCCAUGCUUGAUAAAUACGUGGCUUUGUUGGAAUCAAAAGUGCAAUCUGUUUACCAAACCAAAACCCAUCCUCCUAAUUGACCAUAAUGUACAUGUUUUACUUUCAUGAUAAAUAUUUGUCUCAUUUGAGUUUCUAGUGAAUGAAUUGUUGAAUCCAGAUUUACAAUUUUGAUUGAUCUGCAUAUUUACCAAAGUAUUAACAAAGGGUUAGAAAUUCACAUGAAUCACUGGUCUAUCCUCAAUGACUUUUUUAUUAUGGCUCACUUUUCUCUCACUGGUCUAAGUAUGAGAGAAUGCACAACUCAUUUGGCACUUCACGUUAAAUUGAGUCGAUGCAUUUAGCCUGUUUGGUUUAUCAUUAAC